AUGGCGGCGAUUCAAAAGAAGAACGAAGCAGUCGCAAGUCUCGCCACCACAACAAGAACAAUCGUAUCUUUAGAUGAUGAAAAGGAAAAUCAGAGGUCUCCUGCUGGCACUGAAUGUGUAGACCAAUUGGAAGAGUUUAACGAAGAUGAUGGAUCACCUAGCAAUGGAUAUGCUGAGGAUGAUGAUGGAUAUGGAGAAGAAGGAGAACUAGAACUAUCGGGUGGAACGAGAUCCUCCAAUUUGCCAUUGGGACAGCACAAGGUUAUGAAGAAGAGGAGAAGCCUUGGAACAUUGGUUGUAGAUUCCAGUGAGUUCAAAACUACGGCGAAUCGUCCUCAUCGUCGAAAUUCUGGCAGCAGCCGUAGUCGUUCUAGCAGAGGCCGAUCCUCUGAAAGUCACGAUAAUGAUCAUGAUCAUGAUGGUGACUCUGACGAUGAUACGCAGCAAACAUCAUCAUCCCGGAGUCUUAGCCGAAGUGCUCGGAAACGAAGCAGCAUUUAUGUGAUGACAGCAAUGCGAAAUGAUUCCCCGGGUCGAAAAACGUCUAGGACAUCCACGGCAGAUCGCCCACCAGCGCAUCCUGGCAGGACGACGAGACGAAGAUCCAGCAUGGAGUCCAAACCUGUUAGCAAGUUGGAAGACUUUCUUCGAAAAGAUGAUUUCGAAAAGAACAUGGCACCUGGCAACGUAAACGAUCACCAAAUAUCCAUGCCGUUACGUCAAGUCAGUAGACGUCAACUGACUUGUUUGUCGGACCAUUCCAAGGACAUACUUGCGGAACAGGAGCACAUGGAAUCGGUGCAGGAGGUAUAUGCCUCUGCUGAGGAGGAUCUUUCAAGCUCUCCUGCAAGCAGCAGCGAUAUGACUGUGAAGGUCAAGCAUGGGUCACCUCCGUCCACCAGAGUUAGAAAGAAAUGCAAGGCAUCGCCGAACAAUGCAGGUUUUCGAAAAGUUGUUCCAUCGAGCCCAAGUUGGAAGCACAAGAACAAGACAACUGGAAAACGUGAUGAAGCUAAAAACACAAAACGGAAAUCUGACUCCAAAGAGAGAGUCCUCGAACAACUCGAAGAAGCGAUUGAUAUUUCAAAGUCUGAAGAAUUUUCCGAGAAGGAGACACAGACUCCAUCUGAAGAAAAAGAAGAUCACACCAACUCAUCAUCACAAGGAUCUUCAAUGUUGGGCGACACAGUCGAGCGUUUUCUGAAGCUUAAUGAUGAUGAUGACGGUGGCGAUGAUGGCGACGAUUCCUUGAUGAAGAGUGCCGAGUUUUUCGAUGAUUCGGAACCAUUGUCUGUCACUAUGCGCAGCAUGACUGACUAUUCGGAUGAUUUGACAGACUCAGGCGAUACUAAGAGCCCAGUGAUCACUCGCUCCAAGAAAAUAAGUGUCAAGAAAGAGUCUUCCAAGACAACAACGACGAUCAAAUCACUCGGACGACUGUUUGGUCGAGGUCUUUUCAAGAGAACGAAACGAGGGAAGGGUGCUGGAAGUGAGGAGGAGGUCACCCCUGUUGCAAUUUCAUGA